GUACUGGACCGCAGUGAGCGCAAAAUAAAAGAGUCAGGAUGUCGAGGAAGCGGCAUAGGUGUUCGUCCUACGAUGCGGAAUGUAUUUUUCGCACAUUUUGACAUUUAUAUCGUAGAUACAUUUUAUCCUAAACGUGGGCGCCCUGAUCGUGACACAAUAGAGUCGCUUGUAUAUAGGAUAGGGAGCAAGGACACUGAUAAAAUUCUCAAGGAUAUCAGCGAACUGUGUAAUCUUUUCUGCGCUGAGCUCGACAAGAAUAUUGAGCAUCGCGUUAAGAUAAUGGCCUCUUGCGCAAAGAAUAUUCCUGAGCGCAUGCAAAUUUACACCACCCUCCUUGGACUGAUAAAUCUGAGGAAUCAUGAUUUCGUUUCCAAAACCGUUGACGCCAUUAUUAGAGACUUGAAGGAUGCUCUUAAAUGCAGCUCUUUUGAUGACGUGAAAUAUUUGGUAGAUUUGCGCUCCACAUUGCUUACUGUUAGAAAAAGGAGAACACUUCACGUCCCCAUGCUUCGUGUCUGGGACAAUUCCGAUCCACACCCCCAGGAAGAUUAUUUAUCGUGUUUGUGGUCACAAAUAACCUCAAUGAAAAAUGCUAACUGGAAGGAACACGUGCUAUGGCGCAUUUCGGAUGCUUUUCCAGCUCUGCGUGAAUCCGGACAGCCUUGCGAAUUUGGGCAGAUCACACCACCAGAUUACGAUUCGGAAAUAGUCUACCCUUUGCCCCAAGUCGUAUUCCGCAUGUUUGACUACACGGACGUCUACAGCGCAGACGACGAUACUGCAGCAGAUGAUGAAAAGACUCUGAGUUUAUCUAAAAUCUCACCUUUGAGUUCUCCUACUCUUCCUGGUGCUCACACCAUCGAACGGUUUUUGGUGGACGAGCAGAUCCACAUCAUCCUGGAAACAAUGCAUUUCAAUCGCGCUAUGUGUGCUCGAACUCUCUUGAACCUACAGACACGCGCUAAGUUGGCUUUGGACUAUAUGAUAGUGGAAGCCAUAUUUGCUGAUAUCUUUCGUCUUCCAAAGCCACCAGUACGCCACGGCAAUCUCUUGUUCUACGCUUCUCUUCUCAUUCAACUCUGUAAUGAGGCUGCAAACACCAUUCCUUUAGUUCUCGCUCAGGCCACAGGGACACUUUUUGAGCGUCUAGAUAGCAUGAAGCCUGUGUGUAUUGCAAGAUUUGUAGAGUGGUUUUCUUUCCACCUCACAAACUAUCAAUUGAAGUGGAGCUGGCGCGACUGGUCCCGUGCACUCGAGGAGCCAGUGAUGUCGCCCCGACGGUGGUUUAUUUCUGAGACUCUGUGUCGCCUUGUACGCUACUCUUACUAUGAGAAUGUCAAGCAGCACCUUCCACGUUCUUUCCACUGCCUCUUGCCACCUCAACCGGCUCCAGUCAACCCCUAUGAUAAAGCAUCCACAGCUCAACGUCGCAUUUUUGUCCGUGUUUUGGAAGCGUUUCACCAACGUCAUAGUCCUGAUGACUUACUUGACCUCAUUCGAAGAUUCGCUUCUCAGAGGGGUGAUGAUUUUGACGACUCUGAUCUCGAGCCGUAUCGUCGAUCACGUAGUAGAAGCAGAAGUGGAAGCAGCAACCACCCUCUCAACUCUCAUUCCGAAACAGAGGGUUCAGCUGAGAUGGAUGGAAGGGAUCAGCGGUCACGUUCCACUGGUCAUCAUCGCCUUGAUGGCGAUAAGAAGAGGAGUUCUCGUUCAAACUCAACUGCAUCUUCCACUUCUGCGGCGUCUGAGAAGGCUUGUCCUGUGAAAGAUGAGCUGGCAUCGUCCAAAAGGGUGAGAAAUGAGAAGAUGGAGGAGAAUGAGGAUGACUUGGAUAACUGUUUGGUGCCUGGUGUAACUAAUCGUGAACUGGAGCUCUUCAUGACUGCUCUGCUUUAUCGCGCACACAAAACUAUCAGCCACACCUGUUCAUUGCUCAAUCGAUACUCGGAGACAUUCAAGACGUUGGCGUCGACGGUAGAGUUGCAGGUGGAGGCCCUGCACAUUCUUCAAGCAGUGUGGUGUAAUCAGUCGCAAAUGGUAGUGGCUAUAUCGGACUAUAUGUCGCGUCAGAGUAUGUUGGAUCCAGAGUCCAUUGUGGGAUGGGCCUUUUCACCCUUUAUGUCCGCCUUCUCUGGUCCCCUCGCUCCACCGCCUUCCACUGUUCAUGUAUGUCCGCGAAUGCUUCAAUCACAUGUGUGGGAGUGUCUCAUGCAUACACUGGUUCGAGUUGGGCAACGUAUCGCCCAAAUUACACCGAAACUGGAAGCUGUCAAGGAUCAAGCAGGUGUACAUCGUCGCAAGUCAGCAAGUGGAUCCCGAUCAGAUGGCAGCUCCAGUGACUUAGAUGAUGGUGAUGAUGACGGCGAUUUGCGCGCUAAAAUUGUUCGUGGACGUCGUCGCCACCAACGUCAUUGCCGUAGCAGGAGUCGUGACAGUAGUAGCGGUGGUGGUGGCGGGGCUUCGCCAGACCGUCUGGCGCGCCUAAAUGAGGAGCGUGGCGAGGCAGUGCGUUCGCAAUGUGCAGUCAUCACCCUCCUACUCCACCGACACGUACGUCUCAUAGCAACUGUGGAAUCGAAAACAACAGAGGAGAUGGAGACGUCAGACAACCAGAGUGACCUUGUCGACCUUGAAUCCGUGGCCUACUGGCUUAAAGGACGUCUUAUGCAAACUGUUCUGGAGCACCAAGACCAGCUAUUACCUUACAUGGAUAAUCUGGAGGAGCUGAUGUCCGAUUUGACACCAUUCGUGGGCGACGUGUUUCAGGCAUUGCGAAGCCUCUACGCCUGA